UUGUGUGCACGCGCCAGCCGCCCCGUCAAUUCGAUCGAAAAAUAACCGAACACAAAAAACUUUCGGUGCCCCACAGGGGUGCAGUUUGAGUUCAGUGAAUUUUAAUUUGUACUUUUAUAUUAAUUGUGUGCAUCGUUAUUAAGUGAAUUGUUUCGUGGUCCAUAUGCAGAUGCUGCAUCGUACGGUAUUUCGCAUACCCGUCAAGUGGUGACAGUUUAGUGAUAAAGUGCAAAAAAUCAGUGUACAUGAGUGAAAAAGUGAUUUUAAGUGAAAAAAUGACGAACAUUACGCCGGAGACCAGAAUCAUGAUGAUGCGGUCUGAUGACAGCCGACAAGGUUAUAGAAGACAGGUGUUAGCAGCUCUGGCGGUAUCCCUUGGACCGUUUGCAGCUGGUCUCAGCAAGGGCUACAUGUCUCCAGCAAUCGCCAGUAUGCAAGAGUCAAGGCUAAACGGAUCCUUCACCGUCACAGAUCAGCAGGCCAGUUGGAUUGCGAGUUUGAGCUUAUUGGGCGCUCUCUUCGGUGGCAUUCUUGGUGGUAUGGCGAUGCGGUCGGGAAGACGAAGGGUUCUGCUAGCAGUGGCCCUACCAUACACAUUGGCAUGGCUGGCAACAGCGCUGUCGACGAGUGUUGAUAUGAUUUCAGUCACCUCUUUUUGCGGUGGCAUGAUUGUUUGUUGCAUAACUAUGAUAACACAGGUGUACGUGACAGAAAUAGCCGUACCCGAAAUUCGUGGCUGCCUAAGCUCGGUACUGAAAAUACUAAGCCAAAUAGGCAUUCUCACAUCGUUUUCUCUCGGAGCAUAUCUUAACUGGCAACAAUUAGCAUUGGUAGUUGCCGCCGCUCCAAUUCUACUCUUUUUGGCCCUCCUAUUUGUUCCUGAAACUCCAUCUUCUCUGCUGCUAAGAGGAAAGGAAGAAAAGGCCGCAGAAGCCUUACAGUGGCUUCGUGGUCCUGAUGCUGAUAUACGUCAGGAAUUAGCAACAAUCAGAACGAAUAUUUUAGCAAGCAAGCAGUUCAAUGAUGGAAGAGCAGGGAAGCUGAAGGUCCUUCUAUCCAAAAGACUAACAAGACCAGUUCUCAUCACGUGUGGCUUGAUGUUCUUUCAGCGGUUUACUGGCGCUCAUGUCUUCAACUUCUACGCGGUACCAAUGUUUAAGAAGACGUUCAGAACUAUGAGCCCUCACGGUGGAGCGAUUGCCAUCAGCGUAGUACAAUUAGUAGCCUCUUGUGUGUCAGGUAUGCUGAUCGACAGCGUUGGUAGACUACCAUUACUAAUGGUUAGUGGCUUCAUGAUGUCUAUUGCUUUGGCUGGUUUCGGAUCGUAUGCUUACUAUGAAGAAGUCUUCAGAAAUACACUAAAUUUGACACCCGUUGAACCCGGAUACGACUGGAUUCCAUUGCUAUGUGUUGUCACUUUUACCAUAGCUUUCUCUCUUGGUAUCAGCCCCAUAUCAUCUUUAUUGAUUGGGGAACUGUUUCCAUUAGAAUACAGAAGUACUGGCAGUGCAUUAGCAACGAGCUUUAGUCAUUUAUGUGGUUUCGUUAAUGUGAAAACAGCAGCUGAUUUCCAAGACCACAUAGGUUUAUACGGGUUAUUUUGGCUAUACGCGGGGAUUUCGGUCCUUUGUCUGUUAUUUGUGGUUUUGUUCGUUCCGGAAACAAAAGGGCGUGAGAUCGAUGAAAUGGACCCGAAAUACGUAGAAUCGUUAUGUAUUAACCGAUAGUAUUCGUUUGUAUUAGUAUAUCAAAUAGACUGAUAGCACUUGUAAAUAUCAUUUUUCUUCAAACCAGUAUUAUAGUUAGUUGUCUUCAACUUUGAGUCAAGUGCCUUAUUGAGUUCCUUCCAAAUACAUCACAGAAAAUAUUGUAUUAUUUUAUAAGCUUGGGCUUGAGUCAAAAAUAUUUAAAUACGCUUUUAGAACUUUAAUAAUUAAGGAAUGUGGAUGCAGUAUUUUCCAUCUUAGUCAAUAAUCUUAAAGGCAAGUCUUCACGCGGCUCCAUAGACAAAAUAGUUGUGUGAUAGUUUCAUAGACUAAUUUUAUAUUUUUAUAUGUUAUGAGCCAUAGUAAUUAAACUUACAAAGUAUAUAAUUAAUAUAUACUUUUAUUGUAAGAUCUGAAUAUUAAGUCACAAAACAGAUAAAUAUUUUAAUCAAACGGCGAGUCUUUGAUGGUUAUACACAAUAUUUGUAUUAUGACUAUUGCAUAUAUGCUUAUUAAUAUGUAUUGAAUUUAUCAAAACAAAUCAAAAUUUAUCUAUUAUUGUAAAUAUAUAUAGCCUUUAUGGCUAUGUAAUUUUUUUUUUGUUAUUUUGUGAAAAUCACAAACGUAUAGCAUUUAUUUCUACAAAUUAAUUUAAAACAUUAAUUAAAUGUGUAUAUAGAUUGUUAAUAAGGAUUUUUUACGAUUUAAAAUAAGAUUCUUGUCACAAAUAUUGUACAAAAUCUUGAUAAAUUAAAUAAACUAUGUUUGGCAUAUACACAUCGGGUGCUAAAACGGGUGCCUUAAAAUUAAUUAAGAAUUUCUCAAACAAUGUUAGUUAUAUAUUUUAUGUACAUAGUGUAUUUAUGUAGUGAGAGUGUUGCCAUGUUCUGUACAACACAUAGUGUAUUUUAUGUACUUAAU